GUGCCAGCGAGCAUUCAAGUUCUCAACAACUUCACCGCUCAUCCCCAACAGCUUCUUCAAAUCCGCGUCAAAGCUAGUUCGUGGUAGUAAGCUUCAUCACCCAAUCCUCCGCCGAUUCAGAUCACCGUCUCAGAAUGGGGAAGUAUAAGGUCAUGAAACCAGCGAAGGAAGUUGAUGUUUCAACUGUUAAAUACAAAGAAGGAGACAUCAAAGCGCCUCAUUUGACUGGCUUUGUGUUCAAGUUGUUCGUUAAUAUACUUGAAACGCCAUUUAUUGGCUCAUCGAUUGUUGACUCAUUGAAGAAGAAAAAUGGCAUGACUAAGAUGUUUCGGAACACUGUGAUUCCAGAAGAGCCCAUGUACAGACCAGACUUCCCUCCUCAAAAACCGGAGCAUGAUGUUGUCAUGGUUGGCGAAGAUGAAAGCCCUGUAGAUAGAUUGGAAAUAGCCUUGAAGUGUCUUCCUGAAUAUGAUCCUUCUCUUAGCUUCGAAACAGAUCCGAGUUCAUCCUUUCGUUACUGGAAGAUACGUGAUUACGCAUUUGCUUAUAGAUCUAAGCUGACAGCUCCAUCUGUGGUAGCAGAACAAAUAAUCUCAAUCAUAGAGGAGUUUAAGUAUGACAAGUCUCCAACACCAUUAUUGAUUACCUUUGACCCCAGUGAAGUCAGAAAGCAAGCUGAAGCUUCUACUCAGAGGUUUGAAGAAGGAAAGCCAAUAUCCAUUUUAGAUGGAAUUUUUGUGACAAUCAAGGACGAUAUUGAUUGUUUUCCCCAUACUACAAAGGGUGGAACAACAUGGCUGCACGAAACUCGUUCUGUGGAGAAUGAUUCAGUAGUUGUUUCAAGACUUCGCAGUUGUGGUGCAAUCUUAAUUGGCAAAGCAAAUAUGCAUGAGAUAGGCAUGGGGACAACAGGGAACAAUUCGAGUUACGGAACCACAAGAAACCCACACGCACCUGAAAGAUACACAGGCGGAUCUUCCUCAGGUUCAGCAGCUAUUGUUGCCUCUGGAAUAUGUUCGGCUGCUCUAGGAACAGAUGGUGGAGGUUCUGUUCGCAUCCCUGCAUCGCUUUGUGGUAUAACGGGACUGAAAACAACAUAUGGUCGGACAGAUAUGGCAGGGUCAUUAUGUGAAGGUGGAACAGUGGAAAUUAUUGGUCCACUUACUUCAUCUGUGGAAGAUUCGCUCUUGGUGUAUGCAGCAAUCUUGGGUUCUUCAUCUGCUGAUAGACUUGACUUAAAACCGACGCCACCCUGUUUCCCGAAGUUAAUGUCUCACAACGGAGGCAAUGCUAUAGGAUCUCUCCGACUAGGAAAAUACACAACGUGGUUUAAUGAUGUUAAUUCAAGUGAAAUCUCUGAUAAAUGCGAAGACAUCCUUAAGCUCCUAUCAAACAAUCAUGGUUGCGAAGUAGUGGAAAUAGUGGUUCCUGAACUAGAAGAGAUGCGUGCAGCUCAUGUUGUGUCGAUCGGAGCUCCGGCACUGCGUUCUCUUACUCCUUACUGUGAGGCUGGGAAAAACUCAAAAUUAUCUUAUGAUACUCGUACCAGCUUUGCCAUCUUCCGGUCAUUUUCUGCUGCAGAUUAUAUUUCUGCUCAAUGUAUAAGGCGAAGAUUGAUGGAGUAUCACAUGGAUAUCUUCAAAAACGUUGAUGUUAUUGUGACCCCUACAACUGGUAUGACAGCUCCUGUAAUACCCCUUGACGCUCUCAAAAAUGGAGAAACCAAUUUUCAAGUGACAGCUUAUUUAAUGCGAUUUGUCUUAGCUGCAAAUCUCCUUGGCUUCCCGGCCAUAUCUGUACCGGUUGGGUAUGAUAAGGAAGGGUUGCCAAUAGGAUUACAAAUAAUGGGAAGACCUUGGGCUGAAGCUACUGUCCUUGGCUUAGCUGCUGCCGUUGAGGAACUUGCCCCAGUUACCAAGAAACCUGUUGUGUUUCACGAUAUUCUUAAUACAAACAGAGUCCAUGCUGAUUUGUCAGAGAAGUGAAGAGGCAAAGAUCUUCUCUCUGAAUGGGAUCAUUUAUCUGUGUUACAUUUUCAUUGAUUGUGUGUAUUUUCAGGUUAAUUAACCUGACAUUUUUUAUAAAGAUUAAAAGCAAUAAGUGGUCUUGUAGCAACAGCUACACAAAACGUGUUGUAUAUUUAUGAUUGAUAAAUUUAAAAAGAGAUGUAUACUGUGUGUAUUGUUUUUUGUUUUAGUUAAUGUUAUUAAGACAUUAUCAUUAUUGGGGAUUUUU